UAAGUCAGAAUCAUUCAGCUCACAACAACUGAUCCGCUAAGAUGUCUGGAAGAGGAAAGGGAGGUAAAGGACUCGGUAAAGGAGGCGCUAAGCGUCACCGUAAAGUUCUCCGUGAUAAUAUCCAGGGAAUCACCAAGCCCGCUAUCCGCCGUCUGGCUCGUCGUGGUGGAGUGAAGCGUAUCUCUGGUCUGAUCUACGAGGAGACCCGUGGUGUGUUGAAGGUGUUCCUGGAGAACGUCAUUCGUGAUGCCGUCACCUACACCGAGCAUGCCAAGAGGAAGACCGUGACCGCCAUGGAUGUGGUUUACGCCCUGAAGAGACAGGGACGUACUCUGUACGGCUUCGGAGGUUAAACCUGAUCCUGACCCACUCACACUGAAACCCAAAGGCUCUUUUAAGAGCCACACA